CCGGAAACAAAGCUACGCGCUGAAUUCAUUCUCUAUCCUGAAUUAUCGCCAUCACAUGGACAUAGAUGCGGAAAACAUAUAUCCGCUCAACUGCUAUUACGAGAUGUUGCCACGCCAGGGCCUCGACACGGUGAAAUGACCGUAGUGAUAGCAAAAGAAGUGACAUGGCGCGUGGACGAAAUCGAGAGCUGGAAUACGCAGCAAACACAAGACAGGCCGGUAACGAGACAAAAGCGAAUAAUAGCAACGGGUGGGCUCAAGGGUCGAUGGGCGGCGACGAGAGCCAACGCUGGAGAUACUGGAUCUGCGGAUAUGGCGAUCCCCAUUCCAUUUGAUAUUACCAUCGACAGCAGUGCAGAUGCAUUAACCGAUUUCACAUCCGAGUACUCACGGUUAGCACCAGUUCUAGCCGUUAAACAUCGGUUGACAAUGACUAUCGUGACGGGUAGCGAGACUAUAAAUAGGGAGACUGGAUCGUUGGUGGAUAAAAGAGACACUGUGCGUGUCUUGGGGGCGACUGUACCGAUACAUGUGUACGAGUACGUUGAAGGAUCGAUGGUGUCCGAGCGAUUGGAGGCUUCGGAUGCAGUGCUGCCGCAAUAUAAUGGGUGUUCGGGAUCGCCUCCGGGCUAUUCGAAUUAAUUUAGCUAGUUUUAGGCAGUGCGAGACGAAGUGCUCUCUGUUGAAGCAACAUGAUGUGAGCAAUGGACCACUGUUGGAAAUGUUUCCAAGCCCACGCGCGUUCCCAUUGCAUAAGCACGAUGAUGUACUUUGGUUGGUCUUUGACGGGUGCCCAGUAUA